AAUAUUUUCAGUUCCCUAAUUACGCUUCAGAAGAGCGACCCUUCGCCUUUUGCAGCUCGCGGUUUCGAUCUGCUGAUCGAUCUUGGAACCUGUGAAAUCUGCUUGUUUUUUCCGCUUUAAUUUUAAAUUUUAAAUUCGGGUAAAAUGUUUCAAUUAUUUUUGUUUUAUUUUUUAAAAAAUUCAAUUUUUGUGGUGUUGGGUUUAAGGUUUGCGUUUUUCGUUGUUUGGGGAUGCGAAUUGGGACUUUAUCGUAUUUCGGUUACGCCGCAGCAUUUGGGGGUUCUGAAUUUCUGUGUAUGCCUGGAGUGUAAUUGAGGUUUCGGUUUUGUUCUUUUGUGUUUGAGUGGGUGAAUUGAGAGCUCCGGAUUUUGGGGGGUUUUCCCCCUAUGCUAUUGAUUUUUUCCUGGAGACCGCUGUCCUAAGAUUCAUAUCAAGUGUCUAGGGGUGAGAAGAAAAUAACAAUUCUGCGUGCUUUCAGCUGGACAGGAGUUGGUAGAUUUUUAAAAUUGUGAUCAAGGAAGUCUGGAAAUUAAGAGAAAGUAGAAAUACUGUCAGGGUUUACUACUCAAUCUGUCUGUUACAGAGUUUGUAAAGUAUUUGAGAAUAUUUAAAAUAUUAGUUAGGCUUGGCUCUGGAGAGCUACUUAGACUCCAAUCACCAAGGAGGGAUGACCCCCAUGACACCUCGGGUGGCAGGAGGGUUAACCCAAUCUUCAUCAAGUUCUGGAAUUUUCUUUCAAGGAGAUGGGCAGUCGCAGAAUUUAGUUAACUCUCAUUUAAGCUCGUCUUUGGUUAACUCAUCUAGCACAGUUCCUGGAGCUGGUCGUUCAAACCUGGGGCCGGUUUCUGGGGAUAUGAAUAAUGCAGUUUUGAACAGUGUGGCAAACUCAGCACCAAGUGUUGGAGCCAGUUCUUUAGUCACAGAUGCAAAUUCUGCACUUUCUGGUGGCCCCCAUUUGCAGAGAAGUGCCAGUGUUAAUGCAGACUCAUACCUACGAUUACCUGCCUCACCCAUGUCAUUUACCUCUAAUAAUAUUAGUAUUUCUGGAUCAUCAGUGAUGGAUGGCUCCACUGUAGUACAGCAGAGCUCUCAUCAUGAUCAGAAUGUUCAGCAAUUGCAGCAGAAUCAGCAGCAGCCACAGGGCACUUCAAGUGUUACGUCUUUGCCUGCAUCUCAAACUGGCCCAUCUCCGCUCCAAAUGGGUGCCCAAGUCCCUGGAUCUUUCAUUCAAGAUCCAAAUAAUAUAUCUCAUCUGCCAAAGAAACCUAGAUUGGAUAUUAAGCAGGAUGAUAUAAUGCAACAUCAGGUAGUGCAACAGCUUCUUCAAAGACAAGAUUCCAUGCAAUUCCAAGGUCGCAAUCCCCAGUUACAGGCUUUGUUUCAGCAGCAGCAGCAGCAGCAGAGAAUGAGACAGCAACAGAUCUUUCAGUCAAUGCCACAAUUACAGCGAGCACACUUGCAACAGCAACAGCAGCAGCAGCAGCAGCAACAACAACAACAAAUGCAACUGAGGCAGCAUUUACAGCAACAAGUGAUGCAGCCAUCUUCUGUAAAGCGUGCAUAUGACAGUGGUGUUAGUGGGGUAUGUGCUCGUCGAUUGAUGCAGUAUCUCUAUCAUCAAAGGCAACGACCAAAUGAUAAUUGUAUUGCCUAUUGGAGAAAAUUUGUGGCUGAAUAUUACUCUCCUCGUGCAAAAAAAAGGUGGUGCUUGUCUUUAUAUAAUAACGUUGGGCAUCAUGCACUUGGUGUUUUCCCUCAAGCAGCAAUGGAUGCAUGGCAGUGUGACAUAUGUGGUUCUAAAUCUGGACGGGGAUUUGAGGCUACUUAUGAAGUACUACCUAGACUUAAUGAAAUCAAAUUUGGCAGUGGAGUGAUUGAUGAACUUUUAUUUCUGGACAUGCCACGUGAAAUAAGAUCUCCUUCUGGUGCAAUGAUGUUAGAAUACGCAAAAGCAGUUCAAGAGAGUGUAUAUGAACAGCUUCGUGUUGUUCGCGAAGGUCAACUUCGGAUCAUAUUCACUCAGGACUUAAAGAUAUUAACUUGGGAGUUCUGUGCAAGGCGCCAUGAAGAACUUCUUCCUCGAAGGUUGGUUGCACCACAGGUCAAUCAAUUAGUUCAAGUAGCUCAAAAAUGUCAGAGUACAAUUGCUGAAAGUGGAUCAGAUGGGGUUUCUCAGCAAGACUUACAAACAAACAGCAACAUGGUAUUGACAGCAGGGCGUCAGCUUGCAAAGACAUUGGAGUUGCAAUCCUUAAAUGACUUGGGCUUUUCUAAAAGAUAUGUGAGAUGUCUGCAGAUUUCAGAGGUUGUCAACAGCAUGAAAGACUUGAUCGAUAUCUGUGCAGAGCACAAAAUUGGAGCAAUUGAGAGCUUGAAAAAUUAUCCUCGACUUGCAACAGCGUCGAAGUUCCAGAUGCAGAAGAUGCAGGAAAUGGAACAGCUGGCAAAUGUUCAAGGGCUGCCCACUGAUCGAAACACACUUAACAAGCUAAUGACACUGAAUCCUGGAUUGAACAACCAUAUAAACAACAAUCAUAAUAUGGUCAAUCGUGGUGCUUUGAGUGGGUCAGCUCAAGCUGCUUUGGCACUGACCAACUACCAGAAUCUUCUCAUGAGGCAAAACUCAAUGAAUUCAAGCCCUGGCUCACUUCAGCGAGAAGGUUCCUCUUUCAAUAAUUCGAACCAGAGUCCCUCUUCAGCUUUGCAAGGUGCUGGUCCUGCUUUAAUUCCCGGCUCAAUGCAGAAUUCACCAGUUAGUGGUUUCCAAAGUCCCCAUCUACCACCACAGCAACAGCAUCAGCAGCAGCAGCAGCACCUUCAACAGCGGUCAUUAAGUGCAAAUAGCGUAAUGCAACAAAAUCAUUCACAGGGGUCCCAAGGAAAUCAAGCACUACAUCAGCAGAUGAUCCAGCAACUGCUGCAUGAUAUGUCAAAUAACAAUGGGGGAAUGCAACCACAGUCUCUUGGUGGACCCAAUGUCAACGGAAAUAUAGCAAAGAAUGGGAUGAGUUUUGGGGGCCACACUCCACCCAUGACUGGAGGUUCUGCCAAUGUUCCAGUAAAUAAUGGCCCUGUUUCAAGGAAUAAUAGCUUCAAAACGGCUUCAAACAGUGAUUCUUCUGCAGCUGGUGGCAACAAUGGAUUCAACCAGAGAACAUCUGAUUUGCCUCAAAAUCUACAUUUGCAAGAUUUGGUUCAGGACAUUGCCCAUGAAUUCACGGAUAACCCCAUCUUUAACAGCGAUCUAGAUGAUAACAUGGGCUUUGGCUGGAAGGCAUGACUAACACAACUUGGCCAUGUAAUUGGCAUAUCUUGUUCAAGUGUUUAUCAUAUUAUUAUCUUUGUACAGAAUACUUUAAAUAGGUGCUGCCUAUUUUUUUCUUGGUUUUCCGUCAUUUUCUUAAUGGAAUUUAUUGUGACUCGUAAAGUAGGUGUUUAGAGAUUUUAUUUGAGGGUUUUUGUCCUGCAAGUGUAAUCUAUUGGACAAUUUAAAGAACAGUUAGUUUCUUAUACUACACUAAAAUGCCCCCAUUCCUUUGUUUUUGUGUGCCAAAUAAGUUUAAUUGAU